GAGAGAGCGUGCCAUUGUUGCAGGGAUGUUCAUGAUUAUUCGAGAAGGAUCAGCAGGAGGGGCAGAUAGUACCAGCGGCAUGAGUGCUCCACCGGAGAGAACCGCCAAACAGGUCCAGGCCGCAAUCAAGAAGAAGGUGGAGAAACAGAGGAAGCAAGUUGAAAUGGGUGUUGUGGAGGUAUUUAACAGUAAUUUAAGACCUAAAAUGGGACAGAGAAAGAAUCAGCCCCUCCAUCCACCAAGCAGAAGUGGAGAUGGUGAGGAGGAAGAAGAGGAGGAGCCUGCUAAGACUGGGGAACCGAAGGAGGAGGAGGAACUCGACCUCAGAACCAUCGUGGAUUCUGUUUUUGGUCAAGACAGGGAACUGCGUCCAGAAGAGAUCGAAGAACUAAGAGAAGCCUUUAAGGAGUUUGAUAGGAACAAAGGCUACAUCAACUGCAGGGACCUGGGCGAAUGCAUGCGGACGAUGGGAUACAUGCCAACAGAGAUGGAACUCAUUGAACUGAGUCAACAAAUAAGUGGGGGUAAAAUUGACUUUGAAGACUUUGUGGAGCUCAUGGGCCCCAAAAUGCUGGCAGAGACAGCAGACAUGAUUGGUGUCAAGGAGCUGAGAGAUGCCUUUAAAGAAUUUGACUCUAAUGGAGAUGGACAAAUCAGCAUCACAGAACUGAGAGAAGCCAUGAAGAAGCUGAUGGGGGAGCAGCUAAAUUCCAGGGAUAUUGACGAUAUACUUCGUGAUGCUGACCUCAACGGGGACGGACUUGUUGAUUUUGAAGAGUUUGUGAGGAUGAUGUCACGCUGACGAAAGCCAAACAGAGAGACUUUAUUUUCAUUAUGAGACUCUAAGAGGGACAUAUGGUGCAGCAAUAUGAAUGUCUUCGAUAACCUAUGCCACAUGAGAUACAAUAAAAAAAAAAAAAAAAAAAACAUUUAUUAAAUAAGCAUUAUUACGCAAAAGAGCAGUGUCUCAUUUCAAUAGACUAAUG